UGGUGUCUCCUCCUCCACUACACAUUUUCUCACCGUCUCCUCUCCCCCUCUUCUCCCUCGUCUAACUCUCUCCCUGUGCUUGUGUGUGUGUCUAGGCUGUGUCUAUUGAGAUUUCAAUACUCCAACUGAAAAAUUAGGCGCACACUUUGAAUUUUCAUAACUUUAUCCCCCCUCUCACUCACAGUCCGAGGCAGCCAUCUCUCUUAAACCAAGCAGUCCAGCUCCUUUACUCUCUCCAUAUACUCACCAUGAGUAAGCCUCGUCUGAGGAUUAGUGUAAAUUUUGGAGAGACCAAGCUCCUUGUACCAUGCGGGGAUGGCUCCAUUACUAUAGAAGGCCUCAUUGAAAAGGCCAUUGAGAGGUACAAGAAGAACAAAAAGAUGCAUCAAGAUGAUCAGAUUGUAGUUGAAGGUCUCUAUCAAGAAGACCGGAGUGUCUGCUACGAAGAAGAUGAAGUCAUUGAAUUACUCGAUGACAAGGAAACUGUUAAUCUAGUUUAUAAAAUCAUACCACACGAUGCUGGUCCAGAUUAUGAGCCGGUUCUAAUUAAUGCCCAUCUACUAGCCCCUACUCCCCCGCCUGUACCUCUUCCCUCUAACGAAGAGCAAGUGGUUGUGCCCACGGCAGAGCUGAUUCCUAUUUCUACACAUAACUCACCUCCACAUCCACCCCCGGCCCAUCCCUCUCACGCCACGCCUACUAUCCCUUUACAUGCCACGCCUUCUUUGAUGGGUGUCAACGAAACAGGAGAAGGUCCCAAUCCUUAUCUCCAUUCCUCUCCUUUUUCCCCUCUACCCUCUGAGUAUGAUCAGGGAGGGACCAUUUAUCCUUCAACUGGCGGGCAUGAAUUCUUGACCACACCCACAAACUUCUUUAGCAUGAACAGCCAGAGUCAGGAGAACCUUCUUGAUUCGCCUAACCUGGUGGAGCCUUCAAGGACUUCAAACGAUUUCAUGAAUCAGGAGGAAGUAGGGGGGACUGUGACCGGAGAUGAAACCUCUGACUUGUCCCAGGUUCUCAUGGGAACGGGGACAGAGUUCCCAGAGGAGGCUAUAUCCCAUAAUGAGUCUCAGGUUGGUAUGAAUUCUCAGGUGAGCGUCACUUCGUACUCGACCACGCCUCCUAAUUAUGACAUGGAUCUCAGCGAAUCAGGAUACUCAAGUCGGCACAAAGGCUCGUCUAACUCUCGCUCUUCCUCUCAAAUGGAUCCCAAAUCCUCCACUCAUCCUUUCCACCUCUCCUUACAACAACAACAACAACAACAACAACAACAACAAUACCAACAACAACAACAACAACAACAACAACAACAACAACAACAACAAAGGUUGUAUAAUAAUUCCUUCAGCACGUCUCAAAGCAUGGAGAGGUUGAACAUGCUCCACAGGGGCAGUGGCAUGUAUGACCAUGCCCCCUCGCAGGAGCCCUAUUAUUUUGAGCCCCCCGGGGGAGCUAAUUACAUGAACAUGAUGGCAUCACAACCGGAAAUUGGUGCCGGCUGGCCGGGCCACAGAAUGUAUGGUCCACCCCCUCACAUGAGGUUUAUGGGUGGAGUCAACAGACCAGGCGGACCCUAUUACAUGCACCCGGCCCACCACCGGGGACAAUACAUGGGAGGUAGGGGGACUGAUCCUUAUGACCGAUACUCAGAAACAGAGUUUCCCCAGGGAGGGUACCCUAUGCAUCCCGGGGCUGGGUAUGAUAUGAUGGAUAGAAGGAACAAGAGAUCAAGUAUUGGGGGCAUGCCAAUGGAAUAUGAUGAGACGAUUGGUGGGCGGGGCCGCUUUCAGCACCCUCCGAGGUGGAGCAUGGGUAAAGACGAGGAUUAUUUAAUGGGUAGAGAGGAACCGUUUUUGAUGGACAAUUUGUCUCAGCCUGCGUCUUAUUCCGCCGGUCGUUACCCUCACCACUUGGCUCCACCCAACGUACAGUCUUAUCACAUGAACAGGCCCAUCAGUGGGCCCAGUGGUAUGUCUCUAUCUCAACCAGGAACCGUCGGAGUUUAUAGGAAGAAAAGUGCAUUGAAGAACAGGAAUGAGCAGUCACCGAGAGCUGAUAAUAAAAUGAAGAUGGAUGAUGGGUCCAAUUUCUCAAUACUAGACGAGGAACUUUAUGAAGGAGAUGAAGAAGAACCCUCUCCAUUUCAACGAUCGACGAGCAAGUCCAUGAUACUAGAUGACCGCUGGGGAGAAUGGGAAGAAAAAAUGAAGAAUAUUGAGACGAAAGGUAGCGAUGUUCCUCAAUAUGAUGACGAUGAACAAGAACCAAUUCAAAACGAGGAUGAAAGAGGUGUUUGGUCGCACCCAACUGACCAGACAGACAAAGAUGAUGGAGAAAAUGAUAUUGAUGAUCAUGUCCAUGUUGUUGAAUUGUUACGUGGAGAGGAGCCAUUGGGUAUCCAGUUAGUGAGCUAUAACUCGGAAGGAAGGUAA